GUGACGUCAUUUGGGCGGACAUGUUGUUUGGGUUGCAGAAGUGAUCAUAGUUUGUGUCGGCAUUAUAUUUGCUAAACUAAUCCUUUUUUGUGGUGAAUACCGUUGUUUUAAUAACUGGAUAUAGCCCAUGUUGGCAUAUCAAGGAUUUAUAUUCUUAUUCAGUUAGUUUAGUACCAUGUUUCGUUGUAUACCACUUUUCAGGGCGUGCAAUCGUCAUGUCGAAUACAUUGACAAGCGCCACUGCAGCCUGACUGCGGUCCCCGAUGAUAUAUUUCGCUAUGGACGAACUUUGGAGGAAUUAUUACUCGAUGCAAAUCAGAUUAGGGAUCUCCCAAAGCAAUUUUUUAGGUUGUUGAAUUUACGAAAGAUAGGAUUGAGUGACAAUGAAUUGGAAAGAUUACCUCCAGAAAUUGGAAACUUUAUGAACCUUCUUGAAUUGGACAUUAGUAGGAAUGAUAUUUUUGAGAUUCCGGACAACAUCCGUUUCUGUAAAGCGCUGGUGGCUGUAGACCUCAGUGGGAAUCCCAUUUCGUGUUUACCGGCUGGCUUCACACAGCUAAGAAACCUUAAAUAUCUGACUUUGAAUGAUGUUGGACUUGAAAGUUUGCCAAAUGACAUUGGAAAUUUAUCAAAUUUAGUGACACUAGAACUGCGAGAAAACUUACUGAAAACACUGCCACCAUCAUUAUCAUUGCUCGUCAAAUUGGAGCAGCUGGACUUAGGCAGCAAUGAACUAGAAGACUUGCCAGAGACGCUCGGUGCUUUACCGAACUUAAAAGAUCUUUGGUUAGAUUGUAACGCUCUCACAGAACUACCAGAGGAGCUUGGUAACUUAACCAAACUAGUUUGCCUCGAUGUGUCUGAGAACUGCUUGGAAACAUUACCUGAAGAAAUCUCAGGACUGAAGAACCUAACAGACCUGCAUCUGUCUCAGAAUUGCCUGGAGAAACUACCAGAAGGCAUUGGGAAUCUACGUCUACUUAGCAUCAUCAAAGUGGAUCAGAAUCGGUUGACAAAAUUGACUGCUGCAAUUGGAAGUUGUGUAUGUAUUACAGAACUCAUCCUCACUGAAAAUCUUCUACAAGAAUUACCAGCAUCUGUUGGGUUUCUGAAGAAAUUACACAAUCUAAGUGUUGACAGAAAUAGACUGACACAUCUAGCACCAGAGGUUGGCCGAUGUAAAAGUCUUGGUGUAUUGUCUCUGCGUGAGAAUCGCUUGACAAGACUUCCACCCGAGAUUGGCAACUUGAAAGAUUUGCACGUAUUAAACAUCUCCGGGAACCGUCUCGAAUGGCUUCCAAUACAGUUAACAAAUUGCAAUUUGAAGGCUUUAUGGCUGUCGGAAAACCAGUCCCAGCCAAUGUUAAAAUUCCAAACAGAUGAGAUAGGUGCUCAAAAGAUCAAAGUGUUAACUUGCUUCCUUCUGCCACAGACAGGACCAUCAGAGAGCAUCAGUCUAGAUAACAUUUUGAAACCAAACGGCACGCAAGAUGUAAUGAAUGAUAACCGGGCACGUGUAGUUAAUUUCCCUGACUUUAUUCUUGGAGAUGAAGAGGAUGAUGAACUGAGUCAGUUCCAGAGGCAGAAUACGCCACAUCCUAGGGAGCUGAAAGCUAAGGCUAAGCAGUUGCAUGAUGCUAAGCGAGCAGCCCAAGCUGCCCAGACCACCAAUGGAGAUCAAGAAGUACCAAAUGAAAAAGAACAACACCCAGAAAAUGAGGUGGUGGAAGUGAAAGAACCAGAACCAGUUGAACCCCCUCCCCCUGUGGAGACCAUGUCACCACCCCCUCCUUAUAGUUCUGUAGGCGCCCCAAUCAGUGUCAACCAAGUAGACUUCCAAGAGCAGGUUAUUCAACAGACCGUGUCCGAAACACAAGCUUCCCAGCCAGAAAUUGAGCCACACCAGGAAGUUGAAGAUGAAGAGGAUUACAAUCAGGAAUUCCACGAAAAGCAUGUUGGUUUUGACGUUAAUCUUGAUUCGGACGAAGAACAGCCGGAAAGGCAUGAGAAAUUGCACAGACGUGACACGCCUCAUUACCUGAAGAACAAGCGUGUUAACGAUCUGGACGAGGAUGCCAGCGCUAUAUUAAACAGGGUGCUUGCCCAGCAAGCCAUGGAUACGCAACAAAUUAGAGAAGAAAGGACUAACAGGCCAGCACCCAUCCUAAAAUUGAGUAACAAUGUUUAUCAGUCCAUUAAUGAGACUUUUCUUAAGUAUGAGGGAACACAUACUGAUCAGGAACUGUCUCGUCAAAUGGGUAUGGUAUUUCAGAACCCAGAGAAGAUUGUGAUCGAGUUCACUCGUGACGGAGGUGGUCUUGGCAUUAGUAUAGCCGGCGGAAAAGGAUCAACGCCAUACAGAGGAAAUGAUGAGGGAAUUUUUGUAUCUCGUGUUGUUCCUGACGGAAUUGCUGGCAAGAAAGGUCUGCGUGUUGGCGACAAGAUCUUGGCUGUUAACGAUCAUAAUUUAGAGGCAGCUGAUCACAUUGCCGCCGUAGAAGCCCUGAAAAGUGCCGGUAACUACAUGAGAAUCGUGGUUAUUCGUGAGGAGGUGCUGACCUACUCCGCAGACAUGCAACCAGUAUCCGAGCAAAUCGAACAGACAACGGCUGAAAAUCAUGAGUCUACCCCACCAGCAAUACCGGUGUCACGACCUCAAGAAAGACCAGGGGUCUCCUUUGCUCCAGAGCCAGUGAAACAAGUAGUUGGAGAGUCUAUAUUCAUCUCGAGAAUCUCGCAAGGAGGUGCUGCAGAUAGGUCAGGAUCCAUCCGAGUAGGAGACAAGGUCAUAGAGAUAAAUGGAUGUGACGUGACAAGGGGUAAACAUGAGGAUGCAGUGAAGCUGUUGACAACGGCGUCUGAGAUCAAUAUGCUAGUAUAUAGGGAAACAACAGACAUUGUACAUCACCAACCUAUUGUCAUGCAUAAUCCACCAACAUUCAACCUAUCCUUCAUGGAAGACUUCCCAGGUGCCAAUGAUGAAGUUGAAGAAGAACAAGAACCUAAGAUGGAGGAGAUAUUACUACUGAGGAGUGGUGGUCCUCUAGGACUGAGUAUAGUAGGAGGAAGUGAUCAUUCCAGUCACCCAUUUGGUGCAAAUGAGCCUGGUGUCUUCAUAUCCAAGAUUGUUCCAAACGGUGCUGCUGCCAAGACAAAUCUAUGUGUAGGCGAUCGUGUCAUAGAGGUUAAUGGGAUUGAUGUACAAAAAGCUAGCCACGGGGAAGCAGUGACGGCAUUGCUGUCUGAUCCCACGCAAAUUAGGCUUGUAGUCAGACAUGACAAACCUCCUACAGGAUUACAGGAAAUUAAAAUACUAAAAACUCCAGGGGAAAAACUUGGUAUCAGCAUAAGGGGCGGAAAUAAGGGACAUCCAGGCAAUCCCUUGGAUAAAACCGAUGAAGGUAUUUUCAUAUCUAAAGUAAAUAUCUCAGGUGCAGCAAGAAGAGAUGGACGUUUAAAAGUGGGUCAUAGAAUCCUUGAAGUCAAUGGUCAAAGUUUAUUGGGGUCAUCACACACGGAGGCAGUGAGGCUGCUUCGGGGGGCUGGGGAGGUGUUAACAGUACUGGUAUGUGAUGGUUAUGAUCCCGAGGUCGUACCCCCUGUGUCAGCUGUUCACGGAAUAUCCGACAGGAGUACUCACACAAGCCAGGAAAGUCUUUCAUCUAUAGACAGGGAGAUGACACCAGAAGAAAUUCGAAAAUUAAAUCAGGAGUGUGAAUUCCAAGAUGAAACGGAACGUUGGGAACAAGAAGACUUGGAGAAAGUGAGACAGCACGUUGAGGAGGAGAUGACACGGAUGAGGCAACAAGAGACAGAAAGGUUACUUGCAGAAGAGCUUCCAUUUGAGGUUUCAAGGGUGGAGUCUGAAGAUGUUGAUGUUAACCAUAAAUCCGAACAAAUGCAAUCAAAGCCAGUUGGGGCAAACGGGCGCAUUACUCCUGAGGAAGAACAAACAGAAUUUCAGCAGAAGCGGGGUGUUCCACCGCCAAUUGCGCCUAAGCCCCCAAAGCGAGGACGUGAUGGUAGGCCAGAGAACUCGUCUGGCUCAACGAGUCCCCUGCUUACCCCGGAGGAUAGUGUUGUUCAACUAAGAUCAGCCAAACAGGCUCGGGAUGAAGCGAUACGGGUCAGUCGCUUAUCACUCACGAGCACUUUGAGCCGCCAUUCUUCCUCUUACAGUCUCUCAACUCCUCCUUCGUCACCUCAGCAUGAGGAUCUGAACACUAGCAAUGACAGACCUGGGCCCGAAGGCCUAGCUUUUAAGGAUAAGUGGAAGCACUUUGAAACUCGGAUAGAAGAACAAAAUCAAUCAGUUCCUAAAGUCUCAGGUAAAAGAGUUGAUCUUGUAAGUGGUCAAGAUUUAAACCUAUUAAAAGAAGAUGAAGAGCAACGAAUGAAAGGCAUGACGAAGGAUGACAUAAUCAACUACUCUCUCAAUGUAAUGGAUGGGGAUGCAAGUAUCACGCUAGACACUGCCGUAGUUAAUGCAACAAACACAAGUUCCUCUUCCCUUCCUGAUCUUCCACUUCAAAUUCGCACUGCCAAAGCCGAGAGACGCUAUUAUGAUAAACUUAAAAGCGAAGGUCUUAGUACCGACGACAGUGUAAACUCAGAGGAAGGGGGAUUGUCCCCCGCUGAAUUACGCUCUAUACAAGCAGAGAAACGGGCGGCCUGGCGGGCUGCAAGGAUGAAGUCCUUAGAAGAUGAGGCAUUACAAGCUCAGAUUGUAAUCGCUAAGUCUCGUGAGUUGGAACAGAUCGGCAAGAGGGUUGACAAUCAAGUUGAUGAGUUGUCCAUUCUACCACCACCAAAGCCGCACUAUUCGUCAUUGACCUAUAUUCAUGCCGUAGCUAAGGAGUUAGAACAAACUCAUGAUGUAACUAAGGCCAGCGCUCUGACAUCAGAUGGUGUUCCAGCGAAUGGUAGUGCCCCCCUUGCCUCAAUGGAGAUGGAUUAUGACGAGUUGAAUGGCAGUUGAGUCAGAUACAGUCUGUAAUAGAAGUCAGCUGACUUAUCCAACCAAUAAGAGCCCGCUUGCCAUGUUCGGAAUGUCUUUCAUCACAUUGUGUUUGACCCAUUCCUGUUUAUAAUUCAUUAAUUAAGCUUGGAAUAUAUGAAAAUGAAGAAAAUAGGUUUUUGCAGCAUAUAUUAAAUAACAUAGACAACCGCAACACCAUUAGAUACAAGAACGAGUGCUCUGGUAUCAGCAGAAGGUAGUGUUGUAACCAAUAAUGAAAGCAUAUUAAUACACAGUAGUAGAAUUGGAGUGAUUUUUAGGGUGUUUGAAACAUUUCAUGAGUUUUCCAUUUCUAUGCUGACAUAUUCUGUACAGUUUGUUUAUUUAAUACAAUACUCAGUGUCUUUUAUUAUUAUGUUCUAUUGAUAUGAAUUCUGUUUGCCAAUUACUUGUACCAUUAAUAUUUGUAGCAGUUUUCUUAAUUCAUAUUUUAUAACGCACCAUAUCUUAUCUUAAAAAUCUUCCAUCUGUAUAGGCAAUUCUGGCAGGGAAAUGUAGAUUUUUUUCCCCCUUCCCAAUUCCCAUUUUUCACCUGUUUAUCUUGGAUUUAGAAGAUUUAAAUCUAGUGUGUUUUCUGGAGGAAUCCUAAGAGGUUUAAUCAGUGGAUUGAAUAAAAGUCAAAGUAUUUUAAGUAAACUACUAACAGUUUUUCUAAACAGAAUUAUAGAAUGUUUUGAUGGAGUGCCAGAUAUAGAUGCUCCUUUAAUUAAAGUAUUAGCAACAUUUAAAGGGCUUUCCAUAAUUUUUAGCACAUAUUUCACUGACAAAAACGUUGUAGGGUUUCAUACAAUAUGGUGAACACAAUCUUCUUCAUUACCAUUUAAGUUACAAGCAGUGAAUUUGAUAUAGAUAUUCUAUUAAGAGGUCAAGUAAUUAUUAUGCUGUAUUUUGAGGUUGUGGUAUUGCAAUGAUCUGGGUUGUCGUCGAUAACUCUUGUAUAGAUGAAUAGAGAAUUUGAGAGAUUAUGAAAUAUGACAUAUAUGAUCACUUAUCCACAUUAUUUUUGUAGUUGAAUACUUAUUAGUAGAGUGACCAUGUAGCUGUACAGAAUUUAAAGCAUGUAAAUUAACAAAUGUUUUUACAUUAUACAAAACUGUGUACAUAUAUAAUAAUCAAGGACAUUAUCAGAAUAAAGUAAGUCAUAUUUUCAUGUUGGGAAUUUUUAAUGAUAUUUCAAAAGUUUUAUAUAAUGUACUUCUCAGAAAUGAGUUAUUGUUUCAAAAGUGAGACAAUAUUUUAUCCUUCAAUGUUAGUCGGGUUAGGAUAUUUUGAAUUAUAUAGAUAAAUCUGUUUGUGGCCUUUUAUAUAUGUUUUGUUAGGGCUAUAGUUAUUCGAAAAGCACAUAUUAUCUGUAGCAGGUACUAGAAGCCUUAGAAAUGUCAUCUUAGAGGGAACUAAAACAUGACAGUUGUGAUCAUAAUUGGCUUUAAAAAAACCUACAAAGGUCAUACUAUGGGGCACUACCACUGUCAUUCUAGGUGUGCUAUGACUCAUGUAGAUGGUGCAUAACUCUGAUAAUGCCAACCUACAGGGCACUAUGACACCAAACUAUUAAAUUGUUUAUAAUUAGGUUCAUUGACUCAGAUAGAAGCUUUUGCCUCUACAUCAGUGUCCAAUCAUAUAUUAAAAUGCAGUCCAUAGUCAUAUUAAUCCUGUUAUUCAGAUCUGUUUAGCCCACUAGCUGUUAAACUGAGCAUACUAAUCAGAGGUAGUAAUUAACAACCUCCUUGCUGUAUGAGAUACACCACCUUACAAAAGGUUACCAUAACAGCGAAAGUAAUUAUCAUUAGAAACUUGUUAAAAUAAUUAACUGUAAAUGAUGCCUAAUAUACUGUUUAGUCCUGUAAUCAGUUUCUAAUUUAAGGGAACUCAUAUUUAUGCAACAGUUAAUUGGUAACAAAUUAUGUGACAGCUCAGAAUUUUCACUCAUAGCACUUGUGUACAUAAAAGGUUUUAUUGAUAAUUGGAUAUCCAUUAAUGAUAUGGAGUAGAAAAAUCACGCACACAAAACUAAGCAAUGUAUGCUGAUUUUUGGGUGUUUUUUUGACAGAGCAUAUGAAUUAACUGUAUGGUAACGGUUGAUUUGUUGUAUUGUUAAUUCAGGUGCUAUUAGAACACAGCCAUAGGCAAACAACCCAUUGCCUGUGCUAUAAAUAAUAGCAUGCUGUUGAGUUUAAUGGACUGAGUUGUGCAUCCAUAAAACUAUGUAUAUUGAUAUCUGCUUAAUGCAUCAUUUAAGAAAUACCUGUAAUGACAUUACAAAUGGGGAACAAAUUUUGAUACUUUAAUAUUCCAUAGAUAUACUUUAGUACAUAUCAAAAGUUUUUUUGGGAAAAUUAAGAGAGUGAAGACAGAAAUAACAUUGUUAGCAAUGCAAUACACACAAGAAAAUACCUGACUGGGAUUAAAACUGUUUCAUCUUGUGUUUUACAACCAUUAACAUUAAUUGACCAGUUCAAAGGACAUGUCAAAUAGUGACAUGUUUGUGACAUUGAUCUUCCUCAAAGCAAUUGACAUUAAUUUGCUUUACCUAUUGAUGACAUUAUUUUAAACAAGCUGAUUGGUCAUUAGAUUUUGUACCUAUUCAUUACAACUGAUCAAAAUAGUUUAAGUACUGGACAAAGAGUGACAACAGAACCAUUAGCAAAUUAAAAAUCAUUUUAUUACUAUCAGCAGCAAAUGGUUUAUAUCAGUAACCUAUAUGAUUAUUUAGAUAAAUUUUAUAAUAUGGUUCAGUUUGUCUUGUUUUAUGUACAUUUUCCUUGUAGUAGUUAAAUAAAUCUUGCUAUGAUUUAUAACUAGUAUAAGUCGCCCCCAGUGUUUUACUACACGUCUAUUUUCCAGCAAAGUAGGCUUACAUGUUGUAUGGUUUUAUAUAACAAUAACAUCUGACACAACUAUUCAUGAGAAAUGUACUGCAGCUAUUACAUUGCUUUUCUAAAUGCUUGAAUUUAUAUUGUUUUUAUUUAUUUGUUGUAACCUUGAAUAUAAAAUCUGGUCACUUUAAGUUAAUUUUUUGGUGUCAAUUUGUACUUAAGUGACAAAGACAAAAGUGUCAUUACCUUGUACAUAUUAAGAUCAUGUAUUAUAAUUAUGUAUAUUCAUAAGGCAUAGAGGUUAUAUUACAUCACAACAGUCUUAUUCCAAUAAACCUGAAACACUCCUGGAUUUGAUGACAUAUAUAUUUCAGUUUAGGAUUACAAAAAUAAACAUGGUUUUUAAAUUGAGAAUUAAUAUGCAAUAUUGCUGUACAUAGGAGCUAGAGAGAAUUAGUAUCAUAUGCAUACUGUGUAUACAAGACUUAUCAAGUGUUGGUGAUUAAGUUUGAGUAAAAUGAAGGGUGGAAGUGUCUACAGAAUAUCAAGAGGAAGUAUUGUCCAAUCAAACUGUCUGUUUCAACAUUCUUGGAAAUACUGUAGACAUUUUUAGUGAUGAUAUCACCUUAAGGGAUUUUAGUGGGCUUUAUUAGUGCUAUAGCGCCCUCUAUAAGAUUUCACAAUACUUUUGAUGAGUUUUCACAUUGUAUGAAUAGGUGGUUUAAUUUAUUUGAGUUUUUUUUUUCUUUUAGGAGGGCGAUAAUUACAUUUGGCCACAUUUUGUAUAUAGAUGACUUGAGUUAUGUUGUUUAUGUGAAUGUUGGUAUAUUAUAUUAUUAUGUUGGGAUGCUAAUGCAUUGUACAUGCUCCUAUGAUUAUUGAGUUUUGGUAAAUUAACACUACUCUCUAUGUUAACAUGUUAAA